AAAAAGCGCAAAAGUACGUCGUCGGGGGAGAAGAAGAGACGGGAGAAGCCGGCUGGUGAUCCGCUUCACGGAAAUGGAGUCGCGGUCGUCACAGAAGUUCAGGAGAAGCGCAGAUCCAAGGGAUCAACUCAGAAGAGAAGGUCCCGGGAAACAGUAUCAACGCGCUCGCCCCGGAGGGAGAGGGAAGAGCAUCGACCGCGCUACGAGUAUCAGUACAACGAUGUGUACAGGACUGGGGACCAGUACAGACCGUCGCUGAAUGUUCAAGUCCCCAGCAUGUGGCAGCGCCCCGUGGACCCAGAGAGCACGAAUUCUUCCCAGGAGAUGCUCCUAAACCCGCGCCCUCACCGGAGUCCGCAUCACAGACAGAGGCACCCAAAGCGUACGUCGCAAACGACUUUGCGGGGUCGCGGCGCAAAGCGCGACCCUCCUCGUCAUUCCAAAUCUAAGAGAAAUCUACGGCAAGAGGCUCCACGACAGGGGUGGUCAUUCUUCUCUCCACCUCCACCCAAGACUACUUCAAGACGGGACCAUCAUUAUACUGCUCUUGAAUCCUCCCCGCGCAGCCACCGAUCUCCCCGACACCACCCCAGCCAACAGUAUCAAGAGAUUCCCGAGUCUUCUCAAGCUCAAAAUCGUCCUCAUCGCUCGCGUCAGUACCAGCGCCAGGCUCCGUCGACUCGCCAAGCCCGCUCUCGAACCCCGAACACGGCCGCCCGCCGCACGCCAGACAGGAGAUUCGCAGUCCUUGCCGCAACAAACCAAGCCCUUGAAGACCUGCGCCGCGAAGCAUUCGCGCAACCCUCGCCACCGCCUCGACGAGAGCGCUUGCAACGUUACCAGGGGGUAACACUACCCACCUCAUCCAUUCCUUUCAACUGGGACUGUGUGAGUAGUUCGCAGACGUCAGCCGGCUAUGGAGAGUCAAGUACGAGGCACAGGCGAAGAGGGCGGUGA